GAUGACUUGGAUGACUCGUCGAAUUUUGUUUCAUAUAACAAUCCGUGACUGACAGUUUUAACACCAGUAGUCUGUGUGGCAGUGUUGUUGAUGUUUGAUGAUUUCAUUUGUCGUUUAGUUGUGAACAACAUAAAUUUAGAAAAUGGCAAAUAAGGUAGAUCUCGUAUUGUUUGGGGCCACCGGUUUCACCGGUCUCCAUUGUAUACCGUAUUUACACAAACUUACGAAAGAAAAUGGUCGGAACUUGACGUGGGCGGUAGCGGGUAGAUCCAAAAGCAGAUUGGAGCAAAUUUUGAAAGAUAUCGGCAACAAGAUCGAAGCUGAUUUAAGCUCCACCCCCGUAAUCGUCGCAGACAUAAACGAUUACGAUUCUUUGUUGAAGAUGGCACAACAAGCCAAGGUGGUUCUCAGUUGCUGCGGCCCUUAUAGUCUUCUCGGUGAGGGUGUUGUGAAGGCCUGCAUCGCAAGUGGCGCUCACUACGUCGACGUCACCGGCGAACCUGAAUUUAUGGAGAAGAUGCAGUUAGAGUAUCAUGAAGAGGCAGUUAAGAAAGGUGUUUAUGCCGUCAGUGCAUGUGGUCUCGACAGCAUACCCUCAGACUUGGGUGUGGUCUAUAUGGAGCAGCAGUUUGAGGGAACUCUAAAUUCCGUGGAGGUUUAUAUGAAGACCUGGACCGAGGGUUCAGUCAAGGGUCCAAUUCUUAAUUAUGGAACGUGGCACACAUUGGUCGAAAGUCUAUCCAAUAUUGAAACUUUAAAAGAAAUCCGGGCCAAGUUGUGGAAAGACAAGAUCCCCAAAUUUGAACCCCGAUUGGCUUUGAAGAAACUGCCCCACAAACCCAAGGACCAGAGCCUCGAAGGAUGGGCGGUGCCUUUCCCUGGCGCGGACCCUUCCGUAAUCCGUCGCACCCAGCGCUACCUCUACGAGGAAGAAGAUCGGCGUCCCGUCCAGGCCACAGUUUACUUCCUGCUACCCAACUUCCUGUCCGUGCUCGCGAUGGGCGUCUUUGGCGUCAUUUUCUUGUUGAUGUGUCGUUUUAAUUUCGGACGGCGUCUGUUGAAGGACUACCCCGAAAUAUUCAGCUUCGGUAUGUGCUCCAAGAAGUCGCCAUCGGAGGAGAUGAUUGAGAACACCUGGUUCCAACUUAAUUUGUACGGGGAGGGUUGGAAAGAGAAGUUGGCGGAUAAGAACGAUCAGUACACCACCCCGGUCAACCAACGCAUCGCCGGGAAAGUGAAAGGGCGAAAUCCGGGUUACGGCGCCACCUGCAUCGCUCUGAUAUUGUCCGCCAUUACGAUCCUGACCGAGAAGGACAAGCUCGCCGGCAACGGAAAGGGAGGUGUCUAUUCACCAGGCGCGACAUUCUUCAAGACCUCCUUAGUCAAACAGCUUAACGAGAACAAGGUCACGUUCGAGAUUAUCGAGACGCAGGCAGUUGCCAAAUAAUUCCGACAAGCUUAUUUCAUAUUUACUAUUAAUCUUUCGCAUUUAAUAUUGUUGUAAGAAAGCACCAGCAUUAGUAUUCCAGGGUCCCUCUUACUUCUCUUCUAAUGAGACUGAACAAUGUGGCUUUUGUAUUAAUGGUUUUGUAGAUGUUUAUACCGAGAAAUGUUGAGGUUGAAUUUAUAUGUGUUUCAAUAAUAAAGUGUAUUUAGCGUU